AUGUCCACCGCAGCAACCCAGCAGCAGCCUCCGGCUAUACCUCCCCGCCCAUCCAGGGGAUCUCAGGACCGGGAACGUUCAGAACUCCCCAAAAUCCCACCACGUCCUAUCAAGCGUGGUCCCUCGCCCAACCCAGACCGAUAUGCACCGUCUCCUCUGAAUGGCGGUCUCCUCAGCCCAACAAAGAAGGACCAGCGUUCCAAUUCAAAUGGCGACCCAAUCGACCGAUCCAGAAGCGUCGACCUGCCGGCCGUUGUUGGCGAGGAGGGCAUGGAAUACGCAGCUCUGGCUGAAGAGCUGGCAUCGUCUCGCGAGCCAAGCACUUCUCCCACACAGACCCGUGCGGUGGACGAGAACAUGAAGAUCUAUGCCCCCACGGCGACCAUGCCUGCUUCGAGAGCCAAGCAACGCAUCAUGCAGGUCACCAGGACAGACUCGGACAACGCAGCAGCUUUUGGUAUCGGCAAGCCAAGCCAGGAUGGUGCCACGCCCUCUAAUCGCAGCCUGAAGAAGAAGGCUAGCACGGCUAGUGGUGAGGGUCACAGCGAGAUCGAGGACGAGGAGCACGGCAUCCCGGAAAUCGGACAGCAGAUCCCGUUGUUGAAGCAUGCUGGCGAUGUGCAAGCUCCGUCACCUGCUCCCGGGUCUGACGCGGCCAAGGCCCACAAGCGGAAGGGAAGCUCUCGAGGACUCCCCCCUGGAAGCUAUGGCCUGCACGGCCACAAUGUCGCUCCUCAGGACAAGCUCGACAAGGAGUACUACCAAAAGCACCCUGAGCUUCUAAGGCGGGAACACCACCCGUACCAAGCCGACCGCCCCACGGAUUUCGCCCUGAGCAGUGAGCAGCUCAACAAGCUGGUGAGAGAAACCGAAAGCACGGGUCAUGGUGUCGGCACAGAUGAGCAUAUGGGUGGACCCAGUGAACAAGCUGGCUGGGCCGCACUUGACGCUUCCUCGCGGCCUCAAUCAGCAAAACCCGGAGAGAAAGAGGUUCAUAUCGAAGAGCCCAACCGCAGGAGGAGCAUCCUGCUCAGUGGUGACCCUGUUCCUGCGCCAUUGCCCGAGGAGGGUACUGAAUACACGGCGCCCAUCCUGGCCGAAGACGAGGUGAGGAAGAACACCCCGCAGCGGGACCAGGUAGCAUGUAUCGAGCCUUCAAGGGAGCGCCGAGGAAGCGAUUAUGAGGCAGACCCACCACGCAGUCGCCCCACUAGCCGUCCGGCCAGCUUGUACAAGGUGGAUUCUUCCGACCUGAAGUCCACGCCCCUCGAGGACGUGGAAGAGUACGAGCCGCUUUUCCCUGAGGAUGACGACGGCGCCCCCAACAAGCAUCUCACCGCUGCUCAGAUUGAGAAGAUCAAGCAGCGAUUCCCCAGCAAGGAUAUUUGGGAAGACGCACCUAGCAGCGUGCAUCACACGGCCACUGUCUCCACGCCCGACCUGACGGAACAGAUCCAGAGGAGCAUUCCGCCUCGUGACCAAACAGAAACACCAGCCCAGGAAUGGGCACGUAAGCAGGAGGAGCUGGCUGAGAAGGAAUUGACACACCCUGACGCCUUCCUCUGGCGCAACCAAAAGCCUACUUGGGUCGGUCAUCAACCCCAUCUUGCUCAGGAGGCUGCUCAGGCUGGUCCCCGGCCCAAAAUGGCGCAGAAAUUCCCGAGCCGUGAUAUCUGGGAAGACACCCCAGACAGCUUGAAGCUUGAGACAACUGUGUCCGGCCCUCAACAGGAGCCUGCGUCGCCGGCAGAUAAUAAGCCUCAUAUUCCGGAGCGACCCCUGCGCAAGUCCAGCGAUUCUAAGGAGAAGCCUUCGAUCCCUGAACGACCCAAGAACAAGUCACCAGAGGAGACGUCCAAGCCCCAAAUUCCCGACCGCCCCAAGCCUCAGAUCCCCGCUCGACCUACGAAGGCUUCUGCUCCCACCGCUGCCUCGACUGACGCGCCGGCGCCCAAGGCAAAGCCCGCAGUGCCUGCUAGGCCGGCGGGCAAUAAGAUUGCUGCUCUCCAGGCCGGAUUUAUGUCUGACCUGAACAAGAAGCUCGGACUGGGUCCGCGGCCGUCGCAACCUAAGGAGGAGGCCAAGGAUGAAGUCCCCGAGGAGCCAAAGGAGAAGGCACCACUAUCUGAUGCCCGCAAGGGUAGAGCUCGCGGCCCUCAGAGGAGAGCUCCCGCUGCAGCGACGGCUGCCGCGACGGCGCCCUCGGACUCUGCAGUGAAGAAGCCAAAGCUGAGCUUCUCGACUACCGUCACUGUCUGGUCUUUGGACCCAGAUUCGGAGGGUACCAUCCAGGUUGGAGGUUUGAGCCCGGUAGAGGAAAAGCAACAGCCUAGCGUGCCUGCUGUUGAAGCUUCCACGGAGAAAUCUGCUCCUGCGAUUGAAGCUUCGACGGAAGACAAACCGGAGCUCGAGGAGGCCAAGGCUCCGUCAAGUUCAGAAAGUGAAUCCAAGCUGGAAGAAGACGCCGAUGCGGUUGUCGAAGAGAAGGAAGAGGAAGAACCGAAAACCAUAAAGCAGGAAACACUGGCAACGAACAUGGCCGGAGAAAGUGUUGAGGAGGCUACCAUUGAAGAAGACAAGGCCGGCAAGAUCGAGGCGAAACACGCUGAUGUGAACCCUGUUGAGGACUAA